AUGGUGUGGUCGUGAGAGAAGCAAGAAGGAGAAGAAGAGAAGAAGAGACGAAGAGAAGAAGAGAAGAGAAGGAGAAAGGAAGACAAGAAGUGAAGAAAAACAAAGAGGGAGGUCAAUCAAGCAAAGAAAUCACAGGAGCAAGGCCAUCUGCGUAUCAUUUGAAGGAAGUGCACACCAGGCUCGAAUACAAGCGACUGUCACGAAGGAAGGUUCAGAGGACAAGACAGAACAAACCGGCAGCGGGACUUUCAGGAUCUGAAAUUGAUCACGUCAUCGUUUGAUAUUCAGGCAGGAGGAUCGAAGAGUACCGCCAGUGAACAGCUUAUUGUGAGGCUUGACAACCCAUAGCUUACUGUGAGGCUUGACAACCCAUAGCUUAUUGUGAGGCUUGACAACCCAUAGCUUACUGUGAGGCUUGACAACCCAUAGCUUACUGUGAGGCUUGACAACCCAUAGCUUACUGUGAGGCUUGACAACCCAUAGCUUACUGUGAGGCUUGACAACCCAUAGCUUACUGUGAGGCUUGACAACCCAUUUCACCAUGUGCGACGAGAUCAUAGAAAUUUUGCAGAACUAUGACUCGUCGGAUGAAUCCUGCAGGGAGGAUGAGAAUGUUUGCUUCAAAAACAGCGACCUGUCAGACAUUUUCUUAUGCAUCGCUCUGGGGCAUUCGCUGAAACGCACGGAGAGUUUAUUCAAGAUAUUUCCUAUCGAGUUGAUACAGAACUGUCUGUGUGCUGAGAUCAGGCAGCAGUUUUGGGCCUUUCAGUCAAGCAUUGGUUACGUGACGCCCGAACCCUUCGCCCCUGCCUGCUGGAACACGGCUCCUCCUCCUGUCUCCCGUCGAAAGAUCAAGUCUGAAGCGUUCAGCUCGUCGGAGUAUGCGAGGAAGCAUCAGCCGGUGAGGGAGGUGAACUGGCCGCAGAGCGUGCCUGGCAAACUCCCCAAGCAUUUCCACGUGCUGGAGGUGGAAGGAUGGGAUCAGGACAUGGCGGGAGGUGACGGCAUGUGCGAAUGAAGGGAGGAUAGAGAAUUGAACUAAUUAGAGGGUGAGAAGUCGAGAUUGAACGGCUUUUUCCCCGUUUGUAGUUGUUGUGAUAAUUUAUGUACAUUUUUACACUUUUUGAUUCUGAAAUUGAUAUGAACAAACGUUAGUGC